AUGCAUGUUUGUUACCCCUUCACACUGCACCAUUUGGACGGAUUUGGAGUCCCAAUACCAUCUUCGGAUAUCGGAUGUCAAUUUCCGUACAUUGAUCCCUUUUCACCGAUCGCAAUGAAAUAUCACAAGGAAAAGCCGAAAGUUGUCUGUUACGGCGAAGACUGGGUUGAAUGUAAUCUCUCAGAAUGUAAAGUAACACAGAAAAUCUUGAAUAGAAUGAAAAAUAUAAAAUGCUUAUACAAAGACAUCAUAUAUCUGGACGAUCAUCAUUACAAUGUGGCGCCACCUGUUACAGUAUAUAACGACGACGUAUAUACUUUGAACAAAAGUGAUUCAGUCAAAAUUUCGUGUUUUGGACAUGAUAAGUAUGGUUUUGGUUUAAUAUCGUCUCGAUGGUAUGGAUACAAAACCGGCAUAAGACCUAUUCCGCCCCGCAAAGUACCAGCGGGAAGAGAAAAUUCUAUAAAUAUCCUAAUAUUUGGAUUCGAUUCAGCAUCUCAUAAUGGUUUUCAAAGAAAAUUGCCGAAAACUCACAAAUUCUUAAUCGAAAUGGGCGCUGUGAUACUCAAAGGCUAUAACAUAGUAGGCGAUGGAACUCCAGAUGCAUUGUUUCCCAUCUUAUCUGGAAGAACUGAAUUACAGCAUCCCAAAGCAAGGCAAACAUACUCUAAAAACAUAUAUCUUGAUCCGGAUUUGUUUAUCUUUCACACAGCCAAGUUGGAUGGCUACCAAACGGCGUAUUAUGAAGAUAUGCCUUGGAUAGGCUCGUUUCAAUAUCGUUACAAUGGAUUUAAGAAACGUCCGGCGGAUCACUAUUUACGGUCUCGGUUUGUUCUGGAGACACCGCGGUAUUGGCAAGGGCGUAAUAUUCGGUACUGCUUAGGACCGAUACCACACUAUAUGUUUAUGAUAGAAAUAACCAAACAGUUUAUGAAUUUGAAGAAAAAGCGUUUUUGCUUCACGUUCAUAGCGGAUAUAUCUCACGACGAUUUCAAUCAAAUAUCUACGGCGGAUGAAGACACGGUGGAUUUUCUUGCAUAUUUAAAAACUAGCGGAUUAUUGUAUGACACUUUUCUUAUAGUGAUGGGCGAUCAUGGGGAUAGAUUCUCACCAAUGCGAGCUUCAUAUCAAGGGAAAAUGGAGGAAAGAAUGGCUUUUAUGUCAUUUUUACUGCCAGAAAAGCUCAAAAGUGAACGUCCAGACGCUCUAAGAACACUACAGGCCAACUCCCAUGUUCUAACAACGCCUUUCGAUAUACACACGACUUUGUUAGAUGCUAUGGGUCUAUAUAAUCUCUCAAACAACUUCACAAUAAAACACUCUAAAAUUCCAAGAGGAAUGAGUCUUUUGAGGCCGAUACCAAUAUCACGUACUUGUGACGAAGCAGAAGUUUUGCCACACUGGUGUGUGUGUCUUAAUGCUAAAUGGCAUAACGUUCCGUCUUCCGACCCUCUCUACCAGAGAGUUAUUCAAUAUCUCACUCGAUAUAUCAACAAGGCAACCGAUGAAAUGCGUGCGCUAUGUGCUGAGAGGCGGUUGGCAUAUGCUAAAUGGAUAAUAAUGACUCCAGGCCACGCGGUGUACGAGGCUUCACUACAAUAUAACGAACAGUUGGACAAAUUUAUUAUAUCUGACAAAGAUGUUUCUAGAAUUUCAGCGUACCGAGAAGAGCCGGCGUGUGUGAGCGCAACACACCCACACUUAAAUAAAUACUGUUAUUGUAAAAAU